AUGACCAAUCCCCCACUCAGAAGGUAUAUGCGUUCUGAUGCUACAAAAUUAUCUACUGCAGAUUACGAAGACAUCAUGCAAUACCGAGAUAUGAAGUCCAAGCCUCUGGAACAAUUAAGGAAGAAAUUUCAUAUAUCAUCUUCUCGUCUAUAUCAGAUUUGGAGAGGGCAGGAGGUAGGAAGGGUCGAAUGGAACUAUUCAACAGUCCCGCUUUCCUAUUCAAGUACAAAUGAUAUAGAUAAACAGAAUGAUACAGAUUUUCAAAAUAAAUACAAUUCUACUAUUUUAGCACUGGAAAAUGUAAUACCUGAUGGUGCAGAAAAGCCUAGUAGAUCCACCGACCCAGUAUCAGAAGAAGGUGUUAUUUCUGGAAGUAAGGUAAAAAAGACCGGAGGAAAAAAAACCAAGUCUAAACCCGUCCGCGUCUCUGAGUCGCCUGCUAUUCAGACUCAGCUAGCACCAAUGAAUUCAGAAGGUUUGAAUAUAAAUGAUGAAGAGUUAAAUGCAUUUUAUGAGAAGGAAGCUAAGAGAGACGAAAAAAAUAAAACAGAGGUGAAUAGACGUCUAGCCGUGUAG